CAACCACGCGAUGCGUCGCUGUUGCUCUGGAGCGCACCUACUUUGAUGUCCUUUGCUAGGUGCAUCUUAGCGUCUCGGUUACUUUGGCAUCAACCUAGAUAAAGUUGUAAAAAGGGAAGUGUGUAGGGGAAAAACUAUGGCAAAUGCACAUCGGGCUAAUGUCUUGGUAACAUCAUGUUUGAAAACACCGGUAGACCCUCACACCAAAGCUCCGUUAGCGCUAUACGAACGUGAGCGAGCUCUUCCAUAUUCGGCCAAUAUGGACAACCGAGACUAUGAAAAAGAGAUGGAGUAUGAUGACUCGGGGUCUGAGCUAGGGGAGGGGGACGCCCCGGGGAAGGGCAGCCCCCUGAUGAUCAAGGACUACCGGGUGACUGGGGACCACAUCGACCUGCGCGAGUUCUACUUCUCCAACGAGGAGUACUACCGCAAGCUGGAGGAGCUAAAGAGGUCCCACCUGUGCACCAUGGCUGAGCUGGAGAGCAUGUACCGCAAGAAGCUGGAGCUCAAAGGGGUGGUGCCUCUCGAUGAUGUGGAGGGGGCGCACAGACUUCCGUGGAUGAAGGGUAGCCCAGCUGCCAUACGUCGUUUGAAGAAGUCUCACUCUGCCCUGGAGCUGAGGAGAGGCUCCGGAGUGACGGACACGUCGGACGAGGAAGGCGCCACCGACGCCAAUGUAGAGAAAGGCUUACUGUCCUCUCCCAAGGAGCACAUCAAGAACAUGUGGCAGGACUUCAAGUUGUCCCCUCGCCACCUCCACCUAUCCUCCUCCUCGCUCCAGAGCCUGCCGGGGGAUCGAAAGGGCGCCAAGGGUCUCAAAGGCCGCAAGAAGGGACGGAAAGAUGCCGAGUUGGAACCCUCGAAACCCAGGGUGACCGUUCCCAAGCCCUUCCACAUGACGGUCCGCGAGGCCGACAAACGCCGGCACGGCGUCAAGACCCGCUCCGAGGUCGAGCUGGAGAACGCCGACCUGCGCCGUCAGUUGGAGGAGCUCACCGAGUGCCAGCGCAAGUUCCGCGCCAGCCCCAUGCCUGCCCACGUGCGCCUGCAUCUCUUUGAGGAGCUCCAGGAGCGCGACGAGGAGCGCCGGAGGACCAUGAAGGAGCGGGAGGAACGCCGGCACCGAGCCACCCAGCGCCCCUUCAGCUUCCUGGAGCGCGAGCGCCGGAAGAAGGAGCAGAGGGAGGAGCAGCUGCGCCACCUCCAGCCGCCGUCCGACCAGGAGAGGGUGAAGCCUUUCAAGGCCAAGCCGGUGCCCAAGGCGGUGUACGAAGCGGCGUCCGGCGAGCAGAUGAAGGAGGAGCAGCUGUACCGCGCCAUCAAGAUGCAGAUGAGGGCCAAGGAGAUGCUCCACAGCGCCUCCAUGCCCCCGAGCAUGCUGGCGCGCAGGCUCAUCGAUAGGAGGCGGGCCAAGGGGGACGGGGAGGAGUCCGAGGAGGACAACAGCUCCCCCCACAGGCCAAAGAUAAACACGGAGGUACCGGACUUUGACGCCAGCUACAGAAGGUUCCAGAAGCAGCUGGAGAACCGACGGGAUGUGAAACCCCUGACCACCUGCGAGCCUUUCCAGCUGAGAACUUCGCAGAUCGCCUCGCACCGCGAACGCGUCCUGGAUGACAUCGAGAAGGAGCAGAGCAGCCCACGGGCCACACGGUGGCCUUAUGUCAGCCCCAGGCUUACACACACUCCUAACUCCUCCCUUUGUUCCUCCCUCUCGGGCAGCCUGGAGCUCCUGCCGGCCAAAGUCACGGAUGCCGCCAAAAAACGCCAAGAGGCCGUAAGAAAGGUACUUGAACAGAGGAAGAAGGCUGAAGAGGAGGAGGAGAGCUGGAAGGAGAGACAAAAGCAAAGGGAGAAGAAGCUCCAGAAGGUGGUGUCCAAACGGGCCCAAGCUAACGACCCACACCUGGCCCUGUCUCAAACUUGCCAGACCAAACUCAAGCAGUUCAGGAAACAAGACCUUCAACGCAGGAAGGAGUAUAAGGAGGAGAUGAAGGAGAUGCAACAGAGGGUGAAGGGGAGGCCUCUGCUCUUGGAACAAGUUGCGCAGAGGAAUGCCAAGCAGGCGGCAGAGAAGCGCUACACGGAUGCUCUGCGGGGCUGCGGACUGAGUGAGGACUUUGUCAGCAGCAAGGUGCCCAUGGCUCGGCGCCCAGACAGCUGUGAUUCAGCACGUAGGGCCUCCUCCUGCAGCGAUUCCAAACAAAGUGAUGACUUAGAUGUACCUGUUGUCUACAAUAAGGUCUACCUUGAUGACUACCCAGAUGAUGAUGAAGAUAUGUUGGACCAAGAAGCAGAGGAAGGUCUUACAAAGACUCCAAGAGAUGAGUCAGGGUCCAAAACAGGAGACCACGAUGGAGCCGACAAAGGGUCAGACAAUGGUCAUUAUUCAGACGAUGACCAUCACUCUCAAGGAGUAUACCACUAUUCAGAUGACGAUGAACAUUAUUCAGAGGACAGUGAGCAGAAUUUAUCUGGAGAUGACAGAAACGAGGAAAGGGACAUCAUUAAAAAAUGCCAGAGUCAACUAAGCAACAGAAGCAGCCAGCACAGCCGAAGCAGUCACUACUCGGAGAGAGAUGGGGAAAGCAGAGCAAUAUCGGACAAAAACUGUGAAGAUUAGGAGUAAGUGUGUUUACAUAGUUAUAAAUAGAUAUCAUCUGGCAGUGUCCUCACAGUGAGAUAAAUGUCAUUCGGUAAUCUGUUCCUGUGAAUUAGGCAUACAUGUACCGGUAAUAUUGUGAAUAUUUAACCAGUAGAAUUUCAUGGAAUCCUAUGUAUUGUGUGAUUGAAAUAGAAUGGUUGAUCCAAAACACUGAAAAAUGUGUUUAUUUAAAUGUAUUUAAAGUUAAAUAAUUAUAUAGGCAUAUGCCUUUUGGAUUGUUAUGUCAACGAUAUAAUUGACAAAUUAUGUGCAUGAUUUG